CCUUGCUGUAAAAAAUGUGUAUGGUAGUUUUAUAUAUUUGAAUGGACUAUAUUAUAGACAUGCUUAAGAUCUGUCUAAGGUUGCCUACUAGAAGUUAUAGUUUAUGUACAGCUACUUAUUGUACACUAACUUUAGUUUAUGUCCAACUGUAUAUAUAUUUCUUGUGCAUAGAUUUUAGUAAUUAACCAUCGACUAGUCCAACGCGAGUGAUACAAACUCAAUCAACUAAGGUAUGUCACACUAUUUAGCUUUAUUAUUAUCCAAUCUAUGCCUAAAAGUCAUUAAGACCUGUGUAAUUAGAUGUUAAAUUAAGACUUACAGAAGAAAAAGAAAAUCCAUUAGUUAAUUCAUUUUAAACGUAUUGCUCACCUAUAUAAGGAGGCAACUAAGCAGCAAUCCGUCGAAAAUGUGGCUACGGAAAGUGUUGAAAUUAUUGUGGCAAAGCAUCGAGCGGAGGUCGAAGGAAUUCCUGCGCAGCACAUCCUUGCAGGGCUUGAAAUAUGUGUGGAACAACAAGCUGCCCGGCUGGGUGCAGCUGUACUUUGUGAAGGUGUUCAUAGUGGCCGUCUAUGUGGCCAUCAACCUGGCCGUGAAUGUGUUCCACAAGUGGCAGAGCACGCCCGUGAUCAUUGGCAUUAGUCCAACGGUGACUGCGAUACAGAGCAUACCCUUCCCCGCGAUAACUGUGUGCAGCAUGAACAAGGCCAAGAGCUCCAUAGUGUCCACAUUUCAAAAUGGUUCGCUGGAGCACGCGAUGCUGCAGAAGGCGUGCAACCAGGAAUUCAAUUACACUCGCUUCAGUUCCUUUAGGCCACGCCUCAAGCGCAAUUCGUUUGCCAAUUUCAUUUUUAAUAUCUCGCACAAGUGCGACGAGCUGAUGGUCUCCUGCGAGUUUGGCCAGAAGACUCUGCCCUGCACGGAUCUAUUCCGGGAGAUCUACGUGGACGAGGGCCUCUGCUGCGUCUUCAAUUUUCUGCAUCCGUAUUAUUUAUACAAGCACAGUGACUCUACACUCCGUGAUUAUACUUCCUCCAAGGGUCUUUCGGAUAUUGCUGUAGAUUGGAAUCCCAUUACGGGUUAUCCAAAAUAUUUACCUGCUGGAUAUUAUCCCCGUCCAGGUCUUGGCAUGGGCAUUUAUAACGGUCUAAAAAUUGUGCUCAAUGGGCUUACAGACGAGUAUUAUUGCUCCUCAACUAAUGGACAAGGAUUUAAGGUACUUCUAUACAACUCCAUCGAUCAGCCGCGUUUGAAGGAAUCUGGUUUACCCAUCAUGCUAGGUCACGAAACCAACUAUCGCAUCGUGCCGAAUAGCUAUGAAGCUGUCCCAUCCAUACGCAACAUCGAUCGCAAGACCAGACAAUGCAUUUUCAGUGAUGAGCAGAAGCUUCUCUUCUAUAAGUACUACACACGGCGCAACUGCGAGGCAGAGUGUGAUGCGAUCUAUUUCCUAAGGCUCUGCGACUGCAUACCCUAUUACCUGCCCUUGAUCUAUCGCAAUGCGACCGUUUGCCAUGUCGCCCACUUCGAUUGCGUGAAUCGGGCGGAGCUCGGGAAUGCGGAUGGCGAGAGUACGGAGUGCAAGGAGCUCUGUCUGACUGGCUGUCACGAUGUCACGUACUUUCCCAAUGCGUUCAGCAUACCCAUCAUUCCUUUCCAGCAAGAUAGUGUUAGCCCUCAGGGCGAUUUCUUUAAAAACUUCUCUACGGAUUUCAUUGUUACGAACUUGGCGAUAGUUAACUUCUAUCACGACGAAAAUUACUUUCGCAGCCAUGUGAGAUCCUCCUACACGGGUCUCACGGAGUACAUGUCUUUAACUGGUGGCAUUAUGAGUCUGAUGUUUGGUUUUAGCGUAGUUUUCCUUGCGGAACUAUUCUACUUUAUCUUUCUGCGCUCACUCCUCCAGUACAUACAGCAUUGCUCACCAAAUCGUCGAAAUCGGGUUAAUAUGCAAUACUCGGAUGAAAAUUAAAAUGAAAAUA